AUGACGCCUCCUAACGAGGCGGACACGCCCGCGAACCCCGACGGUACCAGGCGAGCACCCUACAACGUCAUUAAGCCCGUUGUCCCUGCUCUGCCGCUAGGCUUUCCUCAGCGUCCGGUCUCUACCAUCAAACAGACCAAUCCUUUGGCUCCUGCAGUCAUAGCUCGGAGCCAGCCUGUUGCUUCCGCCGUCCAAACAGCAGUCAAUCCGGACCUUCGUGAUCGACAGCAAGGACAGCCGCCCGCCGAAUCGGCAAAGAACGAGGACAAAUACAAUGGUGCGCCCCUUCGUGGACCGCAGCCCGUUCGACAAAACGGUGCCAACUUCAGUGCUUCGCCAACUGAGCCUUCGCACCAACAAAGAACAGACGUGUCAAAUGGCCACCCCCUCUUCUUUGACCCUGCGCCUCCGUCCAACAACACUUUUCUUCCCCGCCCCUCUCACCACGCACCCUCUCAGAGUACAGGUUCCUCUUCGGCCUACAUCCACGAAGCUCCAGCAGCCAUGCCUCAACCAACCAUCAUCUAUCGGCCCCAGGCUGCUUUUCAUCAAGGCCACCCUAGCAAUGCCGGUCUGUUUUUUGGAGGACCGAACGACUCUGGGGCCUCAUCGCCUGCGCCCCAUCCAAUGGCCCCCUUUCCUCCACCUGGGGGUUUACCUUAUCCUCCUGGGACGAUGCCUCCCCUUGAUGGCUACGGGCGGCCGUUGCUAGUGUCUCCCGCCGUUGAUGGCUAUCCCGCGGCUCUCGUCAACCAUCAUGGUCCCCCCACGCCCCACAGUGUCCACGGCUCGCAGUCACCUGUUCACCCAGGAGAUCACAGCUUUGGCCAGCUCGGGUCUGUCAACGGCCGGAGUGCCAAUGGCCAGAACGGGCACUCUUCCAACUGGGUUAACCAAGGUGCGUUCCCCCCGCAGGAGCUGAAUUCACCUGUCAACAAUAUGCCUCAACCCAAUGCCUCCGUUAUGGCCUUCCAGCGAGAGCAGGACGCAACUCUGGACUUCUUGCGUAGCGCAGCAAACAACAACCUCUUCAACGACUGCACGCUUCAAGUCCAUUUCAAGCCCAGCCGAUUGUUUCAGGAAAUCCCUGGGUAUGAGAGGUUGUACGAGCCGUUGGCAAUUCCAGCGCAUCGUUUGGUUCUGGCUCGCAGCCCGAAACUGGCCAGCCUCAUGCAUUUGCAGGGUACCGGUCCGGGAGGAGUGGUUUCAUUGGAUCUCGACAACGAUUAUGUGCGGUCUGACGCCCUCAUGUUCGCUAUCCGCUCCCUGUAUGGUUGGACCCUUCGAGACUUCCUUCCUUCGCACUUCCCUCCACGCACCGCCGUCGAAGAGCUCAAGCUCGCUUUCAGUUAUAUCACGAUCGGCCGCUACCUCCGGAUACCGCACGUGUUCUCCUUCGCUGUUCACCGUGGUGCGGAGUUGGUGUACUGGCCCACGAUUGAACUUGCUACUGAGUUUGUUCUGAAGUCCGUCAUCUUUCCUUCCCGGCAGGAGGUACCCCUGGUCAUGACCGAGCUCAUCGACAGUGUUCUUCACUUCCUUGCGCACAACAUCCCGCAAGACUUUGUCCUUGACACCAGCGUGCGUGGCUUCGGUCUCCCCAGACUACCAGUCAAGACACGUCAGACUUCCGCUCCUCCUUCUGCCGCCCCUUCCGACCCUCAAUCCUCUCCCGACCAACCUACACAGGCUACCCGAGCACCAUCAUCACGUCUCUCAAAGGGGUCCAUCAACCCCAGGGUGUUAGAGAUUCAGUUCGGAGACCUCUCCCUCGGUUCGGAGAAUGGCCAAGGAUCGACCAAGCAGGCCGAGAGUUCACGUAGCAACCGUGCGCCGGCGCCCAACGACACCGUCCUCUCACGCAUCCUCCUAAAUCUGCCGUUCGACAUGCUCAAGAUCGUCAUGGAGAAUAGCCCCAAUAUGCGUCAGAAUAUUGUCAACGAGGUUGUCCAAGAACGCGAAACAAGGCGAAUGUGUGCAUUGGCAGAGCAUACUGAUGUUCUUGGUCCUCUCGCGAAGCCCCCCGGAUUGGUCAAUGAUAUGCGGGACUAUUGGUAUAACAACAUGGGAUUCAAGGAGGAAGUGGUCUCGGGAGACGGUGCUUACCUUCUCCGUACGUGGAUCCACGGCGAGCAAGCAAGCCCUUGA